UCCCCCCAUCCUGCUCGUCUUCUCCCCACUCCCUUCCUCGUCCCCCUGCCGUAGCUUGCACGCCCAGGGAAACAGAAAGGUGGAAUCGAGGGCGAGGAGGAAGGGGGGCGCCAAUGGAGAGCAGGAACGUGGUGGUCUGCGACAACGGCACCGGGUAUGUAAAGUGUGGCUUUGCCGGCGAGAACUUUCCUACAUCUGUGUUCCCUUGUGUUGUUGGAAGACCACUGCUUCGCUAUGAGGAGUCGCUCCAGGAACAAGAAUUGACAGACAUUGUAGUUGGAGCAGCUUGUGCUGACUUAAGACAUCAACUUGAUGUAUCGUAUCCUGUUACCAAUGGGAUUGUUCAAAAUUGGGAUGAUAUGGGCCAUAUUUGGGAUCAUGCCUUCUACAGUGAGCUGAAGGUUGAUCCAUCUGAGUGUAAAAUCCUACUGACAGAUCCACCACUCAAUCCUGUGAAAAACCGUGAACAAAUGAUCGAGACAAUGUUCGAGAAAUAUAACUUUGCUGGGGUCUUCAUCCAGAUACAAGCAGUUCUUUCACUAUAUGCUCAAGGUUUGCUAACUGGACUUGUGAUAGAUUCUGGUGAUGGUGUUACUCACGUGGUGCCUGUAGUUGAUGGAUACUCUUAUCCACAUCUGACAAAAAGAAUGAAUGUAGCUGGAAGGCAUAUAACAUCUUAUCUUGUUGAUCUACUCUCAAGAAGAGGGUAUGCUAUGAACAAAGCUGCUGACUUUGAGACGGUCAGAGAAAUAAAAGAGAAGCUAUGCUAUAUAAGCUAUGAUUACAAACGAGAAUACCAGCUUGGACUUGAGACCACAAUCCUUGUGAAAAGUUACACUCUUCCAGAUGGAAGAGUUAUUAAAGUGGGCACUGAACGAUUUCAAGCUCCUGAAGCGCUUUUCACUCCUGAAUUGAUAGAUGUUGAAGGUGACGGGAUGGCAGAUAUGGCAUUUCGUUGCAUUCAAGAAAUGGAUAUCGACAACCGUAUGAUGCUUUAUCAACAUAUCGUCCUGAGUGGAGGAAGCACCAUGUACCCUGGUUUGCCAAGUCGGUUGGAGAAGGAAAUUCUUGAUCGCUAUCUUGAUGUAGUUUUGAAGGGAAACAAAGAUGGCCUGAAGAAAUUACGGCUGCGGAUAGAGGAUCCUCCUAGGAGAAAGCACAUGGUCUACCUGGGAGGUGCAGUACUUGCUGGAAUCAUGAAGGACGCGCCUGAGUUCUGGAUCACCAGGCAGGAGUACCAGGAAGAAGGCGUAGCGUGCCUAAGGAAGUGCGGACAGGCAUAAGGCCUGACCAUCUAGGAGCCUGCCGUCCAAUCCUGAACAGCAGAAACUCACCUGAUUGAAGGGAAAAAAAAAGGGACAGAGCAUACCAUGCCGGCCAUAGAUCGAUGGCAGAGUUAAGGUUACAUGCUGAGAUAAGUGCUCAGCGCUACAUAGCUUUGUUGUUGGUAUUAUGUUGUAGUCUACCCGUCGUGAACAUGAUAGGCCAUCCUAGGGACGGUGUGGUGCUGAUUAGUUGAUUUGGCCUCUGUCGUUGAGCCAGCCUUGUGGAUUUCAGGUAUGGUUGAGCUACAUUGUGGAUUUGAGAUAUGAGAUACUACCUUGAUUACCAUUUGUUUUCUAUUUAA